AACUCUCUCUCUCUCGACCCUACUCCCAGACAUUGCAAGCCUCGGGAGGAGCCCUGGUCUCUCUUUUUCAAAAUUAAAGUUUCAAAAAAUUUUCACUAGGUACUGUUUGUUUAACGAGAAAACCAAAAGGAAAAAAAAUAAAGUUUCAAAGGAAAAUAUCUCCGUAACCACCAACACCAUUACUACCAUUGGCAAAACAACCGUUACAGCUUCAUCUCUCACAGUCACACUUUUUCUGUGACAUUUUUUUUUUUUUGGAGCUUUUUGAUUGUUGGGGUACGGCAGUGAAGGUGUUAGAGCUACGAGGAGUGUGAAUUAGAAGCAGGAAACCGGCUAAUCGGAAACGGAAGUUGAAGAAGAUGAAUGUGGUAGGGAGACAGAUGUCGCGAUCCAAUACUGCGGUGCAUCACCAGCGCCAGCACUCCGACAACUUCAUCGAUGCAUCCUCCAAGUGGUUCCAAUCCUCCAACUUGUCGCAGGAUUUUGGGCUGUACGGGUCCAAAACAAGCAGGAUCGGUGCGAGGAGCAGUAGCAUCCGGUCUCCACCGGAAGUGUCGACGCCUCCAUUAUCGUCGAGGUCGUGGAGCUUGAGGAAGUACGGUGAGGAUCAUGUAUCACCGAGCGAACUAAGCCCUGGCUUGCUCGAUCUGCAUUCCUUUGACACUGAGCUAUUGCCUGAGAUGCCCAUGCCCAGCCUAUAUGAUGGAAAACAACUUCACCAGCCUGUUCGUGGUAAAAGUUUUGAUGACUCCGAGUCAUUUAAAAUUACAGGCAGAUCACGAGGAUUUCCAGUUCCUGAGAAUAAUCUUCUUAAAAGUAUCUCAGUUGAUAAAGAGAAAGCCAAUAGUGUUGCAAAGAUCAAAGUGGUGGUGCGCAAGAGACCACUAAAUAAAAAGGAAAUAGCAAAAAAGGAACAAGACAUAAUUAGAACAGAAUCAAAUUCUAAUUUUCUUACAGUUCAUGAAACAAAACUCAAGGUUGACUUAACAGAAUAUGUUGAGAAACAUGAAUUCGCUUUUGAUGCUGUGUUGGAUGACGAUGUCUCAAAUGAUGAAGUGUACUCUGAGACUGUGGAGCCCAUUGUUCCUCUGAUUUUCCAUAGAACAAAAGCAACCUGCUUUGCAUAUGGGCAAACAGGCAAUGGUAAGACUUAUACUAUGCAACCACUACCCCUCAAAGCAUCCCAAGAUAUUCUAAGAUCAAUGCACCACACAUACAGGAAUCAAGGUUUUCAAUUAUUUGUCAGUUUCUUCGAGAUAUAUGGAGGGAAACUUUUUGAUCUCCUAAAUGAUAGAAAGAAACUUUGCAUGAGGGAGGAUGGUAAACAGCAGGUGUGCAUUGUGGGUUUGCAAGAAUACAGGGUAUCAAAUGUGGAGGCAAUCAAGGAGUUAAUUGAGAAGGGAAAUGCUACGAGAAGUACUGGUAUAACUGGUGCAAAUGAGGAGUCUUCUAGAUCACAUGCUAUACUUCAGCUUUGUAUCAAAAGAUCAUCCGAUGGUACUGAAUCAAAGCCUGCCAGACUUGUAGGCAAGCUAUCUUUUAUAGAUCUUGCUGGAAGUGAGCGUGGUGCAGAUACGACUGAUAAUGACAAACAGACAAGAAUGGAAGGUGCUGAAAUCAAUAAAAGCUUACUGGCUUUGAAAGAAUGUAUCAGGGCUCUUGAUAACGAUCAGGGCCACAUUCCUUUUAGAGGAAGUAAGUUGACUGAAGUGCUUAGAGACUCAUUUGUUGGUGACUCACGUACUGUAAUGAUAUCGUGCAUAUCUCCGAGCUCAGGAUCAUGUGAACAUACUCUCAACACAUUAAGAUAUGCUGACAGGGUAAAAAGUUUAUCAAAAGGGAAUAGCUUCAGGAGGGAUCAAUUGUCUUCAUCUUCAAACCUUAGAGACUCCACUGCACUGCCCUUGACUUCAAUUUUACCAACUGAACCAACCUUUGAGGAUAACAUAACUUAUGUUCCUAAUGAAAAGAGUAGGUUCGGUUGGUCCAAACAGAUUGAAAAAGAACCGUCCCCACCACUUAAUACAGAUCGUGUUCCUAGUUGGAGGGUAGAAGGAAGUUUGACUGCAUCUGUAUAUUCAGAUUAUUACAAGGGUCAAAAAGGUGGUCAAAAUGGCACAGAUGAUGAUGAUUUUGACCAUUACGAGCCGACCUAUGAACAAGGGAAGCCCUCAUGGAUGAAUAAUAGAAAGGUAGAAACCUACCAAAAAUCACUUUUGGAAGACAAGAGGAAGAUUGACAGUCAGAUAAAACAAAAGAAUCAACCAGAUUUUGAGGUUAACAACUCUGGUACUGAUGAAGAUCUUAUAGCCCUCUUGAAGGAAGAGGAAGAUCUUGUAACUGCUCACCGAAGACAAGUAGAGGAGAUGAUAGACAUUGUUAGGGAGGAGAUGAAUCUACUGGUCGAAGCUGACCAACCAGGAAAUCAAUUGGAUGGAUAUAUCUCAAAAUUACAUGCCAUACUUUCCCAGAAAGCUGCUGGAAUUCUUCAACUCCAGACCCAAUUAGCACAAUUUCAGAAGCACCUGAAUGAGCAUCAUGUUUUGAUAUCUUCUAGAAAUUAAUUUAAUUUCAGAGGAGAAUGCUAAUGGAAUCAACAGAUAUGGUUGAAGUUAAUUUAUCAGGCAGUUGGAGGUUUGUGUUUGGUUUUAUGGCAAUUUCACCAGCUAGAUGUUGCCUACUUGCUGGAGAUUGGUUUUUCUUUUUUCUUUUCUUUUUUUUCCUUUUUUUUCCCCUUUUUUUUUUUUUUUUUUCUUUUUCCUUUUUCUGUUACCAUACUGGCUCCUUUGUAAAAGUAUGCGGCAAUGUAUUUAAGUAUAGUGAGAAGGACAUGCUUGAGUUGCUAAAAGUGCUAUGAAUAUAUAAAAUCCAUCUUUCUCAUUCA